GAAUCACGUUGGGUACCAAUGCCUAAUAUGCCUACAAUACCAUAUCCACUGAAAUUGCAACAAACCGACAAGAAGGCGGCUCUGGACAGAGCUGGAGAAGAGAACAACGAAGUGAAGAUGAAUUUCAUUUUGCGUGGUGGUUACGAUAAGGUCUCGUUGCAUAUCACCCCGCUGAAUGGAUUCGCGUUACGGAAUUGGUCGUUCACGGAUAUCGAUGUGAAGAAAUUUGGUCGACGUAACACAUAUUUUGUGUUUUUGAGUUAUGGAGCCGAACCACCGAAACAACGCGAGUUCUCGAUUCAAUUGCAAUAUGUUCGUUGUUUUGUUUUGUUAUGUUAUUGUCGAUUCGUUGAUUGA